AACUACUCGGACGAAUAUCGUCAUUGGUUUGGUUGUCAUCAUGGCAGUUUUUCGAUUUUCUUCUUUAUUCUGGUUUUUUCACCACGACAUCUGUCGCCUAAUGCGCUAAACACGAGACGUUGAUCCCGGUAUCGAUUGAUAUUGCACAUCACCCUCGAGGUCUUUGUUUCCGGGUUUCCACGCGAGCUAGGUUCCAAUCUUCGCCGUCGUCAUCGGAUCGUCACACGAUACAGUUCAAGAGGUCGGAAGCUCUGGCUUCCACCUCAUCCUGCCGCUCCCACUCGCGCAGGUGCCUUGAAGCAACCUGAUUAAGCGGUGAGAUAUGCUACGUGCGCCGGUCGCGGCGCGCCACUGCGCCCGCCACGAGCCAUCCCGAUUCUUGCAUGCCGGCCACUUUGGCGCUUCGAUACCCAGAUCCCGCGUAAGCCACGCGCGCGCGCCCAUACAACUGCGCCAGCAGCGGAGCGUACAAACAAACGGUGCGCCCUUCGAACCGCUUCGCCCACCGUCUCCCUCGUCCCUCGGACAGCCUCAAGCGGCACGACAGUUCAAGCGAGGACGGAAAUGGGGCCGGCGGCUGUUGAUCUUCAGCGCUGUAACGGGGAGUUUAUACUUGGUCGAUCGGACACUGUUCGCGUCAGGCGUGAGCCGCUCCCUGUUCACUUUUGGGACGGGUCUCUUUGUGGCGCUCGAUUACAAAUUGAAUUUUCGGCCUGAGCCUUUAACGGGUGGCACAAUAGAGGACUUGCAUCGGCGUAGCGCCGAGCGGCUUUUCGAAUUGUUAAGAGCCAAUGGCGGACUGUAUCUCAAGAUUGGUCAAGCUAUUGCUAUGCAGAGCGCUGUUCUGCCACCAGAGUUCCAGCGCAUGUUUGCCCGCAUGUUCGAUGAUGCGCCUCAGGUUAGCUGGAAGAACGUCGACAAGGUCAUCCGCCAAGAUUUCGGUGGGAAGAGCGCUGAAGAGGUCUUCGGUGUAAGUUUUACAGGUGAAGAGGGCAAGGGAUUGAUGGAACGGCGCGCUCGAGCUAGCGCAAGUGUUGCGCAAGUCCACUGGGCAAGGUUACCGGACGGCAGGGAGGUCGCAGUUAAAAUACAGAAGCCCGAGAUUGCGAAGCAGGUUGGCUGGGAUCUUUGGGCCUUCAAAGUUGUCAUGCGUGUAUACACAUGGUGGUUUGAUCUCCCAUUGUACUCUAUCGUGCCGUUUAUCACUGAGCGUCUUAUGUUGGAGACGGAUUUCAAAUCGGAGGCAGAGAAUUCGGAAGUGAUGCGCAAACUAGUCAAUUCUGAGCCGUCGCUUAAGGAUAGGGUGUAUAUUCCUCAGGUGUACCCCGAGUUUACUACCAAGCGCGUAUUGGUCACGGAAUGGAUAGAAGGUGUCCGGCUCUGGGACAAGGCCGCGACGACAGGACGUUGGCUUGGCGGCUACGGAAACCCGUCGGCCGGUGUUCACGGCGAGAAGCUGAAGUUUACUCCGGCGGACACAGAAGCUGCGCGCAAGCAGCUGCGGUAUAACCCGUUGAACGAAAAACUGAAGCCUGAACGGGAACAAUGGAAGGGUCGAAACGGCAAAGGCGGACUAGGCCUUAGUAGCAAAGACGUGAUGAGUACGAUGGUGGACUUGUUUUCGGCGCAGAUUUUCAAAUGGGGAGUCGUUCACUGCGAUCCGCAUCCGGGGAACAUUUUCAUCCGUCGGCUGCCCUCCGGCAAGCCCGAACUCGUGCUCAUCGACCACGGCCUCUACGUCUACAUGGAACCUAAAUUUAGACAGCAGUAUGCUUUAUUCUGGAAGAGCCUCAUGACGUUUGAUAAUAAGACCAUUGCGGAUAUAACGGAACAGUGGGGCAUCAAGGCUCCAGAUAUCUUCGCCAGCGCCACGCUCAUGCGUCCCUACGAAGGUGGUGACGGGUCCGCUAAGGACGCGCUGACGAGAGAACUCUCGGGCAAGACCAAAGCCGAACGUCAUUAUGAGAUGCAGCAGCGCAUGAAACAGGGCAUCCGUGACGUUCUCGCGGACGAAGACAAGUGGCCCAAGGAACUCGUGUUCAUUGGCCGCAACAUGCGCAUCGUGCAGGGGAACAACCAAUUCAUGGGAUCCCCUGUCAACCGCGUCAAGAUGAUGGGGAACUGGGCCAGCGCCAGCCUGUUCCAAGAUCGGAACCUGCCACUAGGCGAGCGACUUCUGAACGCUUGGCGCCACCUGCUCUUCAAGACGGUGCUGUUCGCGACGGACGUGGCGUUCUAUACGUUCAAGGUCCGGCAAUGGCUUGGCCUCGGCGGUGGCAUGGAAGACGAAGUAGAGAAACGUAUGGCCGUCAUGGCCAAGGACUUCGGGGUUGAAUUACAGCAUGAGGUGUUUGAGGGUUAAUUCACAGCAGCAGCGCAAUGGGGGACACACAAAAAUGGUUAUAGAUGGCUUGGCUUUGUCAUAGAAGAAUCUCGGCUCGCUCUGUAUAGAGAGAUAGAUCACGAACUACUAACUCCUGUAUACCAAUACCUACGAAUCUGGCUAGGGCCGUGUAGAUUUAAUAGAACACAGUCACGACUACAUACUUAGUAUGCGUGGAUGGAGUAUAUUGAGAGAGAGAGCUGAGCU